AUGGUCUGCGAUAGCUUCGCCUUCCUGGGCUACACCAAGCGAUGGUACAUCGUCAUGUCCUGCGUCGCGGGGGCGAUGUGUUCCUUCGGGAUCGCCAUCCUGCCCGCGAAGGAGUCCUCGGCGAACACCGCCGGCGCCCUCAUCUUCCUGACCUCCUACUUCAAGGCCAACGUGGACAUCCUCUCCGAGGGCUUCUACAGCCGUCUUAUAAUCAAACAACCCGAUCAGGGCCCGGCGCUGGUGAGCUGGGUUUGGUGGUUUGUCUUGGUCGGCAACAUCAUCUCCUCCAUGGUACUGGGGCCUCUGGGGGAUAAUCAUAUUCCCCAAGUCGGCGUUUACAUCUCCAUGGUUCUGCAGCUUCUGACAAUUGUUGUUUUCAUUUAUAACUGGUACGGUGAGAAGCCAAACCGAGAAGAGCGCGCCGAUGACGUAAAGUACAGAUGUCUGAAGCAACUCACCGAGAGAAAUAUGAAUGAGAUUGCCACCACAAAUCAUCGCGAAUUUCAGAUAAGCGAUAAUGAUACUGAUGGGGCAUUACAGAAGCCCCUCAUGGAUGAUAAAGGGGAAGAACUAAAGCGAAAUCUUUUAUCGGAUCCUAUCCCCUGUUGCUUCGGCCUUUUUGAAAUGAAUAAGGAUAUCAUCGUGUUCAACUGGAGGGCAUUGACGUACGCUGUAAUCUUGACGAUCGCGGUGGUGGUGAUGAUCAUUUGUAAUAUCUUCUCCGGAAAGAUUGGGUUGCUUAUCGCUUGCAGCAGCGUGUCGAUUGUGUGUUGUGGGGCAUCCUUCUGGGCACUCCCGCUCGCCAUUGCCAAAGUUAACGUGUUUGGAUAUCUGCAAUCGAUCAGUUUUAUUCUGUUGCCGGGGGCGAUCAAUACGUUUUACAUGACCGAUGCCAAGUGCUUACCCAACGGACCACAUUUCUCCUAUACCUUCUACAACGGCUUUUUAGCAGUCUUCUCCAAUGUUGGGGCCCUCCUUGGCGUUCUGUGCUUCUCCCAUUUCUUCCCUAAAGUGAAUUAUCGUCUUGCCUUUAUUUUGCCCACGAUUGGGAUAAUGUUUGCCUCGCUUAUUGACAUUACGAUUGUGAAACGGUGGAACAUCAAAAUUGGCAUUCCUGACCAUUUUCUAUACCUUUUCAGCCACAGUGUGGUGGUGCAAAUUUUGAUCAAACUGCAGGGUAUGCCGAUGUUCGUGCUCUUGUCCCGGCUGUGUCCAUGUGGGUCGGAAUGCCUGGUGUAUGCCUUGUUGUCGGGCUUCACCAGCCUCGGAAGAAGCGGCAGCACCACCCUUGGUGCGAUCAUAAUGGAAUUCUUUUUGCCUAUAAAGACAAAGGUUCCUUGCGAUUACAGUAAUAUGCCACUUUUAAUUCUAAUUUGCCACGGUAUCGCGCCAUCGAUCACCAUUCCUUUCAUCUUCCUGCUCAUUCCCUCUGCUCGCAUUUGUGAUAACCUUGAUAUUAAUGGACAUGUUGUCAAGGAUAAAGUGAACUCGGAGGUUAUUAUGCGGAGAGAGCCGUUGAUGGAAGAUAAAGACAAACAGACAACUAAGGAUUCGUAA